ACUCAGAUGUUUAGAAAUUAGAUUACAAUAUACGAAUUUGGUUUUACUUUCAUCACCGCUUCCAAACACUUCUCCCUAAAUACACGGUUGUUUGUUUCCCGAGUCCUGAACGCACCACGGCUGUUUACUUUCAAACGGGGUUCCUUCCUGUGAGCUGAUUGGUCGGGAGGAAUUGUGACGCGGGAAAGCUUGAGCGCGCGAAUCAGCCACAGUAGCCUCUGAAAGUAGUAAAGUAAAGUUGACAAACUUUUGGUGGUUGUUUCUAGUUGGCAAGAAAGUGUCAUACAAAAAUGUUUUACUACCCAAAUGUUCUCCAACGCCACACUGGAUGUUUUUCCACAAUUUGGCUGGCAGCCACUGGAGGGGUCCGGGUGUCUCGCAGGGAGUUCCUCAGGGUCAACGUGAAGCGGACCUGCAACGACAUCUUGGACUAUGUGAUGGGGCAGGUUCCUCCACCCCAGCCCGACCAGCCCAGGCCUCGCUUCUCCCUCUACCUGUCGUCCCAGCUGCAGUAUGGCGUGGUCGUCAUCUACCACAAGCAGUGCGCCUUUUUGCUGGAGGAGAUUCAGCAAACUAUCGACCGUUGGCUCCGCUCUAAAAGAUGCAUGCAAAUCAACCUGGCUGAAAGCGACAGGCUGGCCCUGGAUGCUCCUGAUGGCCUGAACAUGAUGGAGGAAGCCGAGGGAGCUCAGGACCCUUUCUUUGGUCUGAUGGCGUCCCACCAGCUGCCCAGCCCCUAUAAAAUAGUCCUGACAGAGCUGGAGGUCAAAGACUCGGGUCUCCGAGCCUCUGUGGUGCUCAGCCCCGACAUCAAACCAAACGAUAAAAGUUUCGUCUCGCCUCCGGCCGCCAUCACCCUGAGGGAGCAGGAGCGUUUUGUCAUCAACCCUGCUGAGGAUUUUCAGGGAGCUGACCUUCCUGAAGCCACAGCCAGAGAAAUCCAGCUGCUGAUGGAUCAACCUGAUCACUUCAGACGAGAAGCGGAGGAGGAGCAGGAGGCUAACGAGAGGACCGGGGAUGACGUGGUCUCUACCAGUGGCAUCCAGCUGAAGGAGACGAUGCUGGGGACAGAGCAGGGCAGCAUGUGGCUGCUGGACGAGGAGACGGGGCAGCCUGUGGAGGUCCCUCUAGCAGCCGUGGCUCCUGAGAUGACACCUGAGCAUGUGGCCAUGCCGUCAGAGAGCGCAGGAGACGGAGCCACGGAGAGCCUCUGUGAGGAGGUGGUCCAUCCUCCUGCCAGGAAGCACCGCCGGGGACGCAGGCGCCAGCUGGUCUUUGUGGACCCCGAGGUCCAGAUCACAGACAGAGCGAUGCAGGAGCAGAUUGAAAAUCCCCUGACUGAAACUCUGAGUGUGAUGGAGGUGCUGCUGGACGCCCCUGCGCUGACCGGGAGGGCCUCCCCUGCUCAGCUCUUCAGCGCCCCCUGUGGAUCUCUCCUCCACCCCAGCCUCCUGUCGCUAUGGAAACAGCGGGCCUCCAUCACCGUCCUGAGUGAGAGCGGGGCGAUGCAGGGAGCGGAGGGGGAGUCUGAGCAGGACAUGGAGACACUGCGGCUGGAGAGGAAGAGGAGGCACUCGCGCAUGAAGGAGAUGAGCAGCGAAUCAGGACUUCAGACCACAGAGGGUUCAUCUGGACUGGACGUGGUGCUGGACAUGUCCAAGGAGGACAGGUCUGGAAGCAGCGCCAUGACUCCUGCCAGCAGAUGGUCUCCACAUGAGGACGCCCAGCCGCCAAUGGAGCCCAUAGCUGAGGAGAACAUGGAGAUGCCCGAGGCCCAGAGCGACACAGAGAACAUGUUGAGCUGGAUCACCUCCAGCCAGCAGAGAUUUGGCAAGGUCACGUUUGACUCUUUGCUGCCCCCAGAGGUCGACCGCUUUACUGCAGCUUGCACUCUUCUUAAGCUGCUGGAGCUGCUGUCACACAGACUGGUGACCGCCUGUCAGGCUGAGCCCUACACCAGCAUCAGCAUACAGCCAGCAGCGCUCAGGACCUCAGUCUGAGCACAGAUCAGGCCCAGCCUGACGUUUUACUGCAGAAUACCUUCAUUCCACUAGAAAAUAUUUAUUCGUCUUUUCACUGGGUUAGCAAUAACAGGUCAUCUGUUGCAGCGGUUUCUGAUUUUUAAGCAUUUUUUUAAAGUAUGACACUAAAUUAAUGGCACUUUUUAAAGAAAGUUUUAAUAUUUUACAUUUUUAAUGUAUUCAUAUGGUUGAUUAAUUUAACUAUUAAAACACGUAUUGUUGGGGUUACAUGUUAUGUUAGUUUUAUCAAUGCUUUUGUGAAGAUUGUAGCCCAUUAAAUGUUAUAAAGCAGAA